AAUUAAUUAGAAAAUUGCACAGUAAAGAUGCUUCUAUCAAAUGUUGCUGAGUUGGCCAAUUCUGUUGGCUCGGAUUCGUCCGUUGGUUUAUUCGGAUAUCCAAUAAUGAUUGUUUCACUUAUUGGAAUGUUGGGUUCUUUCUUCUUGUGGUAUGCAAGAAUGAUUUUUGGCAAUUUAUUGUUUAGAUGGAUGUUUUAUCAAUUGAAUUUGUCUGAUACUUGCAUUGAAUAUGCUUGGUUUAGUUUGUGGUUCUCACACCAUCCUUAUACCAAAAAUGGAAGUACUCAUGUUAAACCAUUCCAAAAAACAACCAAACUUAGAGUUAAUAGAACAAAUGAACCAAAGGAAGAAGACUCAAUUGCCACUUCAAAUAUUUCAGAAAUGAUUUCCAAUUUGAAAGUCAACUUUGUUCCGAGUUAUGGAAUUCACAUCUUGUACAGAAAUUCUGAACCACUCAUAGUUUCCAUUUCCAUUAAUACCAAUCAAAAUAAUAAUGCCUACAACACAGAGGAGAAAACUCGUGAAGAUAUUGUCAUUUGGAAACCAAGACAUUUCCUCACUGAUUACCUUAUCAAAUUUUUAUUUCCAUGUCAAGAUGGAGUGAACAAUUGUAAUUCAGUAAUUGAUAUGUUGGAAAAGGCAGGAGUUGCCAAAGAGUUCCUCUCCUUUAAUCCAACCUAUCCUCAAUCUAUUGAGAAUGCCUACUCUGUAUUUCGUGAAUUAUUGUGUGACUGUUUCUAUGUCCAUACUCUCAUGACCAGAGAAAAGACCACAAUUUACACACCUUAUUUCUCCCAAUGGGUUUUGGCAUCUUUCAAGGAGAAACGUGCUCAACAUACUGUCAUUCUCGAUGAAGGAGUUUGGGAAGAUUUACACAAUGACGUUUCCAAAUUCUUAAAAUCAAAGCAAUGGUACAAAGAUAGAGGAAUUCCAUACAGAAGAGGAUAUUUACUUUAUGGAGAACCUGGAUGUGGUAAGACAACGACCAUCUCAUCAAUUGCUGCCUGUUUGAAUAUGAAUAUUUGUGUAUUUACCUUAGAUUCUCAAACCAAUGACACUUCAUUGAAUUCCUUAUUUUCAACAGUUCCUCCAAAUUCAAUUCUUGUCUUUGAAGAUAUUGAUUCAAUCUUUCCAAAGGAAGAAGAUGAGAAAAAGUCAGAUUCUGCCACAGAUGAAGUUUCACACGGUAGAUCAGUUGUCAAGACCAAUACCAAAAGUACAUUUUCCACAAUUUUGAAUUGUUUGGAUGGUAUUUCAUCUCAAGAAUCGAGAAUUGUCUUUAUGACCACCAAUUUUAAGGAGAAACUUCCACCUGCAUUGAUUAGAAAUGGAAGAAUUGAUAGAAAGAUUUAUUUGGGACUUGCCACAAAGCAUCAAUUCUACAAAAUGACUCAAAACUUUUAUCCUGAGGAAUAUGUUAAGGAGAAAGUUGACGAAAUGUGGGAAAAUAUGAAAGAAUAUAGUUUCGGAAUGGCCAAUUUGCAAGGUUUCUUUUUGAGAAAUGAAACUUUGGAUGCAGCUGUCAAAUCUUCCAAGAAUUUUGAAAUGUACAUGAAGGAGGAAGAAACUCAAACUCAAUUGUAAAUAUAAUUUGACAACAUUUGUAAAUAAAUAAUUAGGGAACUCAAUU